AUUUUUGCUUGAUGGCUGAAUUUUAACUUUGGCUCCAGGAGAAUCGCAAACAGAUAUCAAUAGACUUGGCUGCUGGAACAGUUAGUGGAAUGUAUCUUUAUAUAUGGACGAAGCUUUAAUUGUUUAUUUGGGCAUCCAAUGGAUACUUUGAAAGUGAGAAUGCAAAUGUCAAAAGAAAACUUUUGGAGGUCAAUCAUAAAAAUAAUAAAACAUGAGGGAAUACUAGCAUUUUAUAAGGGGAUGACUUUUCCUUUGUUAUCUGUUCCUUUUUUGAAUGCAAUAGUAUUUGCUGUUUAUGAAUAUUCACGACGGUAGUUUACAGGUUAUAAUGAUAAUGGGAAACCCAUGACUUACUUCUAGACGUAAAUAAGAAAUAUCAAUUAUUAUAGUGCAAUAUGUGGAGGUAUAUCUGGGAGUUGUGCAGCUAUGUUGGCAUGCUCCAUUGAUUUGACAAAAUGUAGAUUGCAGAUGCAAAUAGACAAUGCUCAUAAACUAUAUAAGAAUCCUUUUGAUUGCUUAUGGAAGGUAUAAUGAUAUGGAUAAAUCUCUAGAUUGCAAAACAAGAAGGCUUUAGAUAUAUAUUUAGGGGAAUGAAUGCAACAUAGCAAAGAGAAAUCUUGGGAUAUAGUGCACAAUUCGCAACAUAUGAAUUCGUUAGAGAUUAACUGAUGUGGCUACAAGACAAGGGGGAACCCUCUUCUCAUGAUUUGCUGAUUUCUGGAGGGUUAGCUGGAAUGGCAUGUUGGAUUGUUGGAUAUCCUUAAGAUGUAAGUUUGAUUUGUAUUAAAAUAGACGAUUAAGACUAUAUUGUAAUGUGAAAUGGGUACUAAAACAAGAAGAUUCAAGCCUAAAUUUCUUGAUGGAGGUUUUAUUGAGUGUCUAAAGUAUAGGGUAUAAAGUGAUGGAGUUCCGUCUUUGUGGAGAGGGUUCUCAGCAUGUAUGUUAAGAGCCUUUUAUGCAAAUGCAAUUGGAUUCUAUGCUUAUGAAAUCUCUAAAAAUUAGAUUUAAAAGUUUUAUGCAUGA